AGUCAUGACGUUCUUAGAGAAUCCCAAUUGUCUGCUGAGUCGUAGGAAUCGCAUCCAAUUCCUGGUGACCCUGCUCGUGAAUAUCGCUCCGUUUGCCCAUGGCCUGGGCAUAGGUUGGAUGUCGCCGGUAAUGCGGGAUCUAACCACCGAUCAGUCGCCCCUCAAUUUUCCCGUGCUGGUGGAGGACGUGUCCUGGAUAGGAUCUCUGGUUGGCAUAGGAGCCAUGAUAGGCAAUAUUCUGGCUGGCACUUUAAUAAAUCGCAUCGGCCGAAAGCCGGUCAUGUUCGGCCUGGCAUUUCCCGCCUUGAUAUUUUGGAGCCUCGUUUACUACGUCCAGAGUGUGGAGUACCUGUACGUGGGUCGUCUGAUGGCCGGACUAACCAAUGGUGCCUUCUACGUGGUCCUUCCGACCUUCCUGAGCGAGAUCGCGGAUGACAACAUUCGCGGUCGACUUGGUUCCAUGAUUCUCCUGACGGUGAACACGGGAGUCCUCACAGGCUACAUAGUCUCCUCUCACUUUGAUUACUUUACGGCGCCUCCUUUCAUAAUUGCCGUGCCCAUUUGCUAUAUAAUCGGCAAUUUCCUAUUUCCGGAGACCCCAAUUCAUCUCAUACGAAAGGGAAAAUUCCAGAAGGCCAAAGAAUCCUUUCAGUUCUACAAAAAUAUUCGCAGAGAUGAUAUCAAGGCUGAAAGUGAAUUCGAGGACCUGAAGCUAAAAGUGAUAAAAGCGGAGGCUGAGCAGGCCAAGUCCUUUGAUUACAGGGACUUCAUUACCAAGCCCGCUUUCAAGGCCUAUGCCUCGGGGGCUGUGGUGCUCAUCGCUAACCAGUUCAGUGCCAGCUUCUGUGUCUCUUCUUAUUUGUCGACCAUUUUUGCUGCCUCGCACACUACCUUAGAUAUGACCAUGUGCACCAUUGUCAUAGGAUCUGUCCAGAUUGUGGGCACCUAUGCCACCACCUUGCUGUGCGAUAAAUAUGGACGCAGGAUCCUCAUGCUGGUCUCAUCCUCUGGAGCUGCUAUUUGCCUGGCGAUCUUCGGUACUUACACAUAUUUUGCCAAGAUAUAUAACCUGACUGCUGUCGGUUGGUUACCCCUGGUGAUCCUGGCCUGCUACGUAUUUCUCUGCAACAUUGGCCUGGUUGGAUGUGUCUUUGUGCUUCUGCUGGAAUUCUUUCCAACAAAGAUUCGUUCCGUUUGUGUGUCGACAUUUAUAGUGAUUUUAAGUGGCAUGGUUUUCCUGGCCCUGAAAAUCUUCCCCAUCUGUGUGGCUGAAUGGGGCAUUUCGGUGACCAUGUGGUGCUGCAGUGUUAGUACGACCCUGUGCUUUUUUUAUUUCUACUUCUUUUUGGUGGAGACCAAAGGCAAAUCCUUGCUGGAGAAUUGUAGAGAAAGCAUCGCAGCCAUGACGUUGAAAUUGCGAUUAGCCUCGGCCUUUGCCAAUCCCAACUGUCUGCUGGGUCGCAGGAAUCGUCAUCAGUUUCUGGUCACCUUGCUGGUAAACAUUGCCACCUUCUCCCAUGGCCUGGGCGUGGGUUGGAUGUCGCCGGUGAUGAGGGACCUUCAGACCGAUCAAUCGCCGCUCAAUUUCCCCGUUCUGGUGGACGAGGUCUCCUGGAUAGGAUCGCUCGUGGGCAUAGGCAGUGUGAUGGGCAAUCUGUUUGCCGGCUUCCUGCAGGAUCGCAUCGGAAGGAAGCUGGUCUUGUUUGCCCUUGCAGUUCCCAACACAAUCUUUUGGUUCCUGAUUUACUUCGUCCAGAGCGUUGAGUUCCUUUACAUUGGCCGCCUGAUGGCCGGCAUGACCGGUGGCGCCUGUUACGUCGUCCUACCGACCUUCAUAAGUGAGAUUGCGGACACCAACGUACGCGGUCGUCUCGGCUCCAUGAUCUUACUAUCGGUAAACAUGGGCGUUCUCGCGGGCUAUAUUGUGUCCACACAUGUGGAUUACUUUACAGCGCCGCCGUUUAUCAUCGCCCUGCCCCUCUGUUACUUCAUCUGCAACUUCCUGUUUCCGGAAACGCCGCACCAUCUCAUCCGUAAGGGAAAAAUCGAGGCGGCCAAGAAGUCCUUUAUGUUUUACAAGAAUAUCAGGAGGGAUGACAUCAAGGCUGAGAGCGAAUUCGAUGAGCUAGAGUAUCUCGUGACCAAAGAGCAGAAUGAGAAGACCAAGUCCUUUGACUACAAGGAUUUCAUUACCAAGCCAGCGUUUAAGGCCUAUGCUUCUGCCGGUGUCGUGCUCGCUUGCAAUCAGUUCAGUGCCAGUUUCUGCGUCACCACCUACUUGUCGGAUGUAUUUGCGGCCUCUCACACUACCCUGGAUGUGGGCAUGUGCACCAUAGUCAUAGGAGUCCUCCAGAUUGUGGGAAACUAUGCAACCACACUGCUUUGCGACAAGUAUGGCCGCAGGAUCCUCAUGCUGACCUCCACUGGGGGAGCGUCUAUGUGCCUGGUUGCCUUCGCCUGCUUCGUUUACUACGCGCAGGAGUACGAUCUCUCCUCGGUGGGUUGGCUACCCCUGCUGAUCCUUUCCUUAUACGUCUUCCUCUGCAACAUUGGCAUGGUUGGUUGCAUGUUUGUCGUUCUCGUGGAGCUAUUCCCCUCCAAGAUCCGAGCGGUGGGUGUGUCCACCUUUGUGGUCAUCCUAAGUAGCACCGUAUUCCUCACCCUGAAAAUCUUCCCCAUCUGCGUGGCUGCCUGGGGCAUCGCGGUGACCAUGUGGAGCUGUAGUGUCAUUACGUUCUGCGGCUUUUUGUAUUUCUUGUUCUUCUUGGAAGAGACUAAAGGCAAAUCGCUACUGGAGGCUUAG